GACUCUGUUCGAGCGGCCAUUUUGAUCGAAGUUUGAGGUUAGGUUAGAAAAAUAGACCAGGGGGGGUUGAUUUAGUUUUCAUGUGAAAUACGUUUACUGCGUAAAAAAACCAAACAAACUAUAAACUGCAGAUUGUUUAUUUAGCAAAUUUCAGUUUUUAGUCGGGAGUGCUUUGAAAUAAGAUAAACUAGACGAUAAAACAUUGCAACCAUUCAUUGCGCGAGCUCGAGGCCCUCUUUCUGUCAUCCUUCAUGGACGUUAGCUUAGCAGCGACGUUUUUUUGUGAAACGUAUACGCGUUAAUCUGUUUAUCUGAUUUAUAUAUGUGGUUAUAAUUGUAUGCAUAUAUAACGCGUAGUUCCUUAUUUGAAUUUCGGUUUAAAUAGGCGCGUCGUUUGCAGCGUCCCGUCUUGAAGCUAGCUAGGCUAGCUAAAAAUAAAUAAAUAAUCAUAAUUAACAGUGGUUGCUAAGGCAUUAGCUAGCGCUAUCUAUUUGAACGUCCAGUCCUAGCUAUAGCAACCACAGCGAUUUCGUAUUAAAAUCAUGGAAACGUGUUAUAUUCGUGUGGCUGAGGAUGAAAACGAGGAGCCGAUGGAAAUUCCCUCAGAAGAGGACGGGACAGUACUGCUGUCCAGCGUGGCGGCGCAGUUUCCAGGCGCUUGCGGCCUGCGAUACCGGAGCCCCGUGUCUCAGUGCAUGCGGGGAGUGCGUAUAGUGGAGGGCGUGCUGCAUGCACCGGAGGCCGACUGGGGCAACCUGGUGUACGUAGUGAACUACCCAAAAGACAAUAAAAGAAAAAUGGAUGAAAUGGAUGCUGCUUCUGCUGUGAAAAUUAAGAGAGGUAUUCAGAAGACUUCAGACUUGAUUGUUCUUGGGUUACCUUGGAAAACAUCUGAGCAAGACCUGAAAGACUAUUUCAGCACAUUUGGAGAGGUGAUAAUGGUACAGGUUAAGAGAGAUGCUAAAACAGGAAAUUCGAAAGGAUUUGGCUUUGUAAGGUUUACAGACUAUGAGACACAGAUUAAAGUGAUGUCCCAGCGGCAUAUGAUUGAUGGGAGAUGGUGUGACUGCAAACUCCCCAACUCAAAGUAUUUCAUGGAACAGGCUGGGCUAGAUGAGCCUAUGAGGAGUAGGAAAGUCUUUGUGGGCCGUUGUACUGAGGACAUGACUGCUGAUGAUCUCAGGCAGUUCUUUAUGCAGUACGGUGAAGUCACCGAUGUCUUCAUACCCAAGCCUUUCCGAGCAUUCGCCUUUGUCACUUUCGCCGAUGACCAGGUUGCCCAGUCUCUGUGUGGUGAGGACUUGAUCAUCAAGGGCACCAGCGUGCACAUCUCUAACGCAGAGCCUAAGCACAAUAAUAGUAGGCACAUGUUGGAUCGUGCUCGUUUUGGGGGGUUUGGGCAGGGCUUUGGUGGUAGUCGCAGUCAUAGCAGCAAUGUGAAUUUUGGGGCUCUUAGUUUAAACCCAGCCAUGAUGGCAGCAGCCCAGGCAGCCCUGCAGAGCAGCUGGGGAAUGAUGGGUAUGCUGGCCAAUCAGCAGGGUCAGACAGCUGCCUCUGGCACCACUGCAGCCGGCCAGACAGCAGGGAGCAGAGAUCAGGGCCAGGGCUAUAGUGUGGCCGGCAGCAAUUACAAUGCCACCAACUCGGCUGGUCUCGGAUGGGGUGCCAAUAACGCGGCCUCCAGUGGUGGCUUUAGCUCUGGGUUUGGCUCCAGUAUGGAGACCAAGUCUAGUUGGGGAAUGUAGUGAGAUACAUUGUUUUUACAGUGUGUUUAUUUCUAAAUUAGGUAAGUACUUUAAGAUAAGAGUAUGCAGACAGAUCUUAUUUUUCUUCUAUUUUUACGUUUGAUAUUUGCUUCUGAGUUUUGUUUAAAAGAUGUUAUAUAUGGAGAAAAAAAUAAUUGGGUUAAAUUGUAAGAGUGGUAUGAACAUAAUGUAGAAAAUCUAAUUUGUUUGCAUUGCUUAUUAUAGUAAAUACCCUGAUAUUUAAUUGCGUUUUAGUGAUUUAUGACCUGUACUUAGAGAUGCUUUGUUGUGAAUCUUAAUUGAGUUGUAAUGUGUGGAGUUGUUUGCAUUUUUUUGUUUGGAGUUUAUGGUCAAGCCUUCAUAAAUCUCUUCUACAGUUCACCACCUCUUUUCCCAUUUCCCUGGAAGAAGCGCUACGUUGGCCGCAAUGUUCGAGCGAUCUCAGUAUCAGUACCCUUCUUCCCAUGUGUAAAUGCUUUGCCAUCAAAGAACACAGCUUCACUCUUCAUUUACUGUGUUAGACGGUGGGUGUUGUCUUUUUUCCUCCCCUUUUCAUGGAUUAAUCUGUCCAAUAUGUAUCGCUUUGAGAGCGAGUGAGAUGGUGAUGGAUUGUUGGUGGGCCAAGAGUGAGAGACUGAGUGAGCGAACAGACUGAAAGAGCGAACGUGAACGCAAGUGUGAAAAGAGCUGGUUGUGCGAUAAAAAAAAAAAAAAUUUGACUGCAAGAUGUGAGAAGAACCUGUGUGAGCGAGUGUGAACAGCAGCAGCAUGUUUUCUGUCACAUCAUCAGAUGGACAUUCAUUAUUUCUAUUCUCCUUUUGAUCUAUCUCCUUUCCUUCCUUUACUCAUAUAAUCAAGCUUAUAUAGUUAUAGGAAAUAUAAAUGUAUGUAUCGGAAUGUCUAGCAAUCUAAGUAUUUGUAUAUUAUCCGUUGUGAAUGCUUGUAUCGUAUGUGUGUGUGUGUGUGUGUAUGUGUGUGUGUUCUAUCUCUGCUCUGUUACUGACCUUCAGGUGUGAAUAUGUGAAAUGGUGUUUUCUGUGAGAAAGCACUGGUGUGUGCGGGUGUGUGCCAGUGAGCUGAGUGUCUCGAGGGGUGAUGUGGCGGUGAAAGUUGAAGAAUCCCUAAAGAAAGAUUACAUUUUGUUUAAGUGCUUUGAAUGCCGUCUUAUGUUAUGUGAAUCAAAGGGAAUGCUCAAAUAAAACUAAUUUGACUAGGUAUUUGACAGUGGCUUAUUUUUGAUUGCUACAAAAAUUAAUUGAAUUGCAAAAACUUAUUUAAUUCGCAU